CUCCGCGAUGGGGGAAGGGGGUAGCCUCCCACGCGCAGGCAGCGCGGCAGUCAGCCCCUGAGACAGAGAGGGCGGAAGGACCCCAAGGGGCGCACGAGGCCGAUGGAGCUAGUGAGCGGCUGCUACGAGCAGGUUUUGUUCGGCUUCGCGGUGCGACCGGCGGAGAACUGGACAGCUGUUCCUGACUUUACCCAUCAUGCCCACACUGCUUCAUUAUCAGCGGUUGCUGUGAAUAACAGAUAUGUAGUUACUGGUAGUAGGGAUGAGACAAUCCAAAUCUAUGACAUGAAAAAGAAGAUAGAGUAUGGGGCAUUGCUACAACAUAAUGGCACAGUGACUUGUCUGGAGUUCUAUGGUAAUGCUCACUUACUGAGUGGAGCUGAAGAUGGACUAAUUUAUAUUUGGAACACAAAGAAAUGGGAAUGUCUUAAAUCCAUUAAAGCACAUAAGGGGCAUGUGACAUCCCUGUCUAUUCAUCCUUCUGGAAAAUUAGCUUUGUCAGUAGGAACAGACAAAACAUUAAGAACAUGGAAUCUUGUAGAAGGACGAUCUGCCUUCAUUAAAAACCUGAAGCAAAAUGCACACAUAAUCAAAUGGUCCCCCAGUGGAGAGAAGUAUGUGGUAGUGAUAUCUAAUAAAAUGGAUGUCUACAAACUCGACACUGCAUCUAUCAUUGGCACCAUCUCAACUGAAAAGCGAAUUUCCUCAGUUAGAUUUAUAACAGAUUCUGUUCUCGCUAUUGCUGGAGAUGAUGAAGUUGUAAGGUUGUACAACUGUGAAUCCCAAAAGUGCCUUUGUGAAUUUAAAGCUCAUGAAAACAGAAUUAAAGAUAUAUACAGCUUUGAAAGAGAAGGGCAACAGGUUAUGGUUACUGCAUCCAGUGAUGGAUACAUUAAAAUGUGGAGUCUCAAUCUCAAUAAGAUCCAGGAUGCUCCAUCUUUACUGUGUGAAGUCAAUACUAAAGCAAGGCUUACAUGUCUGGCAGUAUGGUUGGACACAGCUUCAGAAACUAAAGAAAACUCUGACAAAGCUGAAACCUCAUCCUGUGCAAAUGAAGAUGAGCAGCCAUUGAUUACCAGGAAAAGGAAAGUUUGUUGGACUGAUACUUCUGAUAAAUCAACAAAAGUAGAAAAGCAUGUGAUGCCCAAGAAACAAAAAUUGGGAGGUGCACAGCAAAAGAAGAAAAAAAAUCUGCAGAGCUGAACAUGAGUGUAUAUUUCCCACUCACAUAAUAAGCAGAUAUUAGUAAAUUUGCUACCACUCUUUUUCUUUUUAUACCUCUUACUUCUGCUAAUGAUAUUUUUCCUUCCCAAGGUAUAAAACUCUUUGUUUUCAGAAGUGGUGAUUUUUUUUUCUUCUAAACUGAUAAAUACUGAACUGUUUUGGAAGAUGGCGGAACAGAUGGUACCAGCUUCUCUUGAACCCUAUCAUGGUGAAAUGAAUACAUAAUAUAAAAUAUUUCAUUUAUAUUUUCAUAUAUACCAAAUAUAACAUAAAUUAUCUCUUUGAAUGGGUCUUAAAAUUCAGUUGAAAACUACAGGGAUUUCUGUAGCUCUGGAUUGGUAUGUUUUUUGUCUUUAACUGUGAAACCAAAACACCAAAACCCAGUUUAAAUUAAAUAUACAUUAAAAAUA